CAUAGAUAGUGGCAUAACGUCUGCUAAAAUUACUACUUAAAAAAUAUUACCACAAUAUUAAUUAUCACAUCAUUAAUGACUCCGAUAGCCCAAGAUUGGGCCCAGUCUGUCCCGCAGAUAUACAUAUAAAGUAGUUCAUCUGCUUUCGAUCCGUCCAGUGACAUUGACGUGUGAGAUAAUGUAAUAAAAACAAAUGGACGAAGCUGUUGGCGAGUUCAUAAAACAUGUAAAAUUAAAUAAAACAAAUUAAAUUAAUAAACUACAGUGUGAACAAAAAAAAAGACAAACCGAUUUAAAUAAAAGUUAACAUUGCGCUGAUAUGUCGUUUCCUUUGCGAUGUUUGAAUUAUAAUAUUUUGCAAGAAGGUGCCGUAUCACAUUUGUUUGUGCCAAUUGUGUUUGUGGAAAAUCCGUUUUGUUUUAUUUGUCAAUUAUAAUUCACUUGAGCGCAUCCUCAAUUAAACUGCUGUAAAAUUUAAUGCUAAAACAAAUGUUUUCUGUAGAAUAGUAUCUGUUCGAUAAGAAGGGAUUUAUGAGACCACCUACUGGGUUAUAAAGGUAUAUUUGUUCGGGUGCAUAGGAACGAUGAAGUGGCAAUGAGUGAAACGUUGAAAAAUAUUAUGGAAGCUAGACUUGAUAGUGACCAAAUGUGUGAAAGUGACAAAGAAAAAUAUGAUUAUGUGCCUCCUGAAGGUGGGUGGGGUUACCUCGUGUGUGUCGGUCUAUCACUUAUAUUCAUUGCUGGCACAGCACAUCAGCCCGUAUUCGGGUUCAUUUACAAUGAAUUCUUGGAUGACUUGGGGGUAGGAACGGGAGCAGUCACCGUUGUUUACGGUGUAUUUCAAGUAACCCUGGCCAUAGCUGGUUUUUCAGCGAACAUAGCAUUAAAAAAGUUGUCGCUGCGACAAGUAGGCCUCAUCGGCGCGUUUAUUUACACCCUAGCGUCGUUCCUGGCUAUAUUCGUAGUGUCGACCACCCAACUAAUCAUAACAAAUGGGUUCCUCCAGGGCUUAGGGAUGGGUCUCCUCAUUCCGGUGUCCUACACUAGUUUCAAUAGCUAUUUCACAAAGAAGAAAGUGCUCUAUUUGAGUUUAUGUAAAGCAUCUAUUGGCUUGAUAACAAUGUUGUACCCAUUAUUCAUAAAGUUUACAAUGACCGAGUACGGGUUUAGAGGCACUCUGGCGGUUCUCUGUGGCAUAUCAGCGCAUAGUAUAUUCGGAGCAAUUGUUAUGCAUCCAGUGAAGUGGCAUAUGAUCAAACAGCCUAAGUUAGUGGAAAGUAUUAUACUGAUCCCGCCCACACCAGCUGUCGAGCAAACGAAGGAAUCAUUCGAUUUCGCCAAAAAUGAUAUUGGAGUCAGCGGUGCGGCGGAUAACACGAGAUCAGUUGAAAAUUUGUGUCCGAGCAAUCGUGCGGAAAAUCGGAAAGGCUCCGAAUUGCUAUUAGCUCCGAAAUUAGACGCCAGACGACUGAGUAUUCCUGUGGUAUUAAUUCCGGCCACCAAAGAAGACAACAGAUUCAAUUCAACGGAUGCCGUUUAUAUUGAGAACCUAUACAAGGCAGCAUCAGUGUCAAGCCUAGGAAAUUUCGGUAACAUCGCCGCUGAACCCAUGCCUAUUAUCAAAAAUAAGGAAGGAAAAUGGCAAACAGUGGCCGAAUUCCUAGAUUUAACGCUACUCAAAGAUUGGGUAUACGAUAACAUCAUCUUUGGAAUGGCAUUGGCAUUCUUUGCUGAUUUAACAUUCUUCACUCUCGAGCCUUUGUUUCUGGAUAAAAACCAUCUAAGCCGGGCAGAGAUAGCAAACAUCAUAGCAAUAGGCGGAGCUACUGACAUGUCCGCGAGACUUUUGCUAGGAGUCUCCGGACAAUUCUUCAAACUGAAUAGUCGUCACAUGUUUUUCACGGGAGCUCUUCUUACUGCUGUGUUUAGAAUAGUGUUUGUUAGCUUCACGACGUACACGCCUUUACUAAUACUGACCGGUAUAUUGGGCGCGUUAAGGUCCCUGGUGCACAUAGCGCAGCCAAUAGUGAUGGCGGAGCACGUGCCCAUAGAAAGAUACCCACCCGCAUACGGCCUGUACAUGCUGCUAGCGGGAACGCUCAGCUUGUCAGUCGGACCCAUGAUAGGUUUUAUCAGAGACUACACCGGAAGUUAUGUGAUAGCUUUCAACAUGCUGACAGCUUGCAACCUUUGCUGUGUCAUACCUUGGUCAAUAGAAGGCAUCUGGGUGUUUGUGAACCGAAGGAGAAAUAAAACUUUAGAGACGUGAUGGUGGACUAAGAUAGUACAAGGAACAUGGUGAUAAAGUUUACGUGUAGAUAGUUAAAUAUUGACAAAGUGAUGUCAACGAGGCAAUUCCUAAACUAAGGAAUCAAACUUCCAUUAAUUUAAGAUGGUUUUGAUUUAGAAGUUUUGUAUAAGUAUUUUAUGAAAUAACUUAAAUUUUUCAACUUCUGAGACAAUGUUACAUAGAAAUCUUUAAGAAAUUAUAGCGUUUUGCCUUUAAAACAAGUAAAUACAAAACAGUAGUACCAGUUGUACAAACACAAGAAACUACUUGCAUACUACAGAAAAUCUAAAACAUUUAAUUAUCAAAUUGUUUUAUGUUAGUGUAACAAUAAUAGUAAAAUAAUGAAAAGACUGCUGUAGAUUUAAUAAAAAAAAUAUAACUAGACCAAAU